AUGAAGCAAGCGCUGGUGCAUUGUGUGAACGAAGGACCUUCACGUCAUUUGACGAACCAAGCGAUCAGGAGGAACGAUGAAUUCGCGACUGCGGAGCGAAAACUGUUAGUGAUGUGGUUUGUGCUGGGUCUGGCGCCUUUGAUUCUUCAAACUCGAAGUUUCCUGAAGUUCGUGACACCGCACAAAGUGACCACGAGUCUCGUAGUACCGCCCGAUGUUGAUCAAAAGACAGUUAAUAUGACUGAGUUAUGUCCUGCAUUGGGACUUCAGAUGGCCCAAGUCUGGUGGAAUUUUGAAACUACACACUACUACGACACACAACAAGGGCGACUCUGUCAUAUCGUUUCUCCACAGUAUAAUUGCCAUGGAAACUACGUGGUUGGGACUGAGAAGUCUAAAGCUUCUUCCCAGGCUCCAACCAGCUGUAUCAACAACAGUUUUGUUGCUGAAAUGUAUUUCUACCAUGGUACCAUUGGUUUUUAUUCCUUUUACGAAGAGAUCACAGGAACCUACUGUACAACUGAUCCACGAGAUGGCGGCAGUCAUGGAUAUAGAAUGUCGUAUUGGUUUGCUACGGUGGGGACAGUGUGGAUCCUGUAUCGAGCAAUCGUAUUUCGACGAAGUUACGUUUCUUCUCACGGUGCAGCGAAUUAUCACCGUGUUGUGUUGCUGUACCUCUUGGUUGAAGGGAUUAUGAGCGACUUGUUCUUACUCGUGGCAACUGAUGAAAUGUUUGCCUGGCUUCAGUACAUUUCAUUCGGCUACAACUUAUCUGGCUUGGUGCUGCUGCUGUUUGAGAUGAUCGAGAACAUGGGAUGGUUAAAUGAGCGUACUCGACUCUGUAUUAAACGCUUGUUGUUUAGCUACGAAUCUUCUUUGUUUGGGGAACUUCUAAGUGCGAUUGGCCAGUCCCAUUUCCUCACAUCUCUUAGUCAUUCGGAUCUGAAAGAUUCGGGGUCUACAGCACGCGCUGUUUCCUACUAUGUGUGGGGUUUAGUGGGCCACGGUGUAAUUGUGCUUCCCCUUAUUGGAUUCAUUAUGUCCGUACGAAUCGUUAGGGCGAUCACUUACACGCGCUGGCGAUAUGGCGUAGACUGGAAUGUUUUUAUAGCGCCGUGUAGCGUUGAUACGACGCUGGGAAUGCUCAGCAAAAUGAUGAUGUUGAGAGGCUACGAAUGGAUGGAGGGAGAACUCUGCUAUAAACGUGAUGCACUCAAAGCGUUUGGAAUUCUUAGAAUGGAGGAAGAUGGUGCUGAAUUUCUAGCUUUACGCAAGCUUUGUUGGUUUCAUGUACCGAGACAUGAAUUGGCAGUAAUUGGAGCUGUGUCAGGGCAGCGUGUGGAGCCGUGUACCGAACGACCAUGUUUGGGCGUGGUGGGAUUUUUCGACCGAAGUUUAGGUGGUUCUAUCGCUGAAACAGGGAGACAACGCCUUGCUAUGAUUCAUGGCAGGAGUCGAAGUAUACUUCGACCAGCUCCGCUACAUAUAUUCCCAGCACCUUAAGUAUUCACGUAUAUAGCUGUAGUGGCAGCAUCAAGCAUCGAUCUCAUCGAUUUUUCGUAGAAAAAAAAUGCGCCAGUAUUUCGUACGUAGUACACACAGUACACUCACCACCAGUGGUGGCGC